AUGACAUCAGAAAUGAGGUUUCUUCUAGUUGUAUUGGUAUUUGCCUCAGCCGCCUAUGGCCUAUCUGAGAUCUGUUCUCUGAAACUAGAUCAGGGGAAAUGCAGAGCGUCUCAUAAGAGAUACGGUUUCGACAAAAAGGAAGGAAAAUGUGUCGAGUUCGUCUUUGGCGGAUGUGGAGGGAACAAAAACAAUUUCGAGACAAAGGAAGCAUGUGAAAAGGAGUGCAUGAUGAAAAAUGCAGGAAAAAAGUCUCAUAAAAAACUCGCAAGUGGUAGUAAUUCUGGCCAAAAACUUAAGAAGAUCUUGUUAAAAGAAGAAGAAGAACAGAAGAAAGUAGAGUCUCUUAAAAAACUCGCAAGUGGUAGUAAUUCUGGCCAAAAACUAGAUAAACUUAAGAAGAUCUUGUUAAAAGAAGAAGAACAGAAGAAAGUAGGAGCGACGGUCAAGAAGGCUAUUAUUAAGGAAAAACUUAAGGACUCUUUGCCAAAACCUCUUAUUAUGAAUGAUCAGAUCAAUCUAAUUGUCCCAAAACGCAAUCUUUCAAUGGCUAUCUCAGGGCAAAAGAAACUCAACCUCGGAAAGCCACAAAUCCUUCCUCUUCACGGAAUGCCACAAAAGGAAGAACAGAAGAAAGUAGGAGCGGCUGUCAAGAAGGCUAUUAUUAAGGAAACACUUAAGGACUCUUUGGAAAAACCUCUUAUUAUGAAUGAUCAGAUCAAUCUAAUUGUCCCAAAACGCAAUCCUUCAAUGGCUAUCUCAGAGCAAAAGAAACUCAACCUCGGAAAGCCACAAAUCCUUCCUCUUCACGGAAUGCCACAAAAGGAAGAACAGAAGAAAGUAGGAGCGGCUGUCAAGAAGGCUAUUAUGAAGGAAGAAAUUAAACAAUCUGUCAAGAAUGCUGUUAUGGAGAACAAACUUAAGCAACCUGUUCUUGUUGCCAAUUGA